CUACUUCCGGGGACCCCGCCCCUCCCCGCCCCCGGGCGUCUCCAUUUUGGUCGCAGGUGUAGUAGACCCGCCCAGAAGCAGCGCAAGAGCAGAGCGGAGUAGUAGGUACUUGGGGACCGGGCCGACUCACUGCUGCACUCUUCCCCUUUCUCCCCGUCAAGCAGAAGCCGCGGGCGCUCAUGGCGGGCCUGGAGGUCUUGUUCGCUUCGGCGGCGCCGGCCAUCACCUGCGCGCAGGACGCGCUCGUCUGCUUCUUGCACUGGGAGGUGGUGACACACGGCUACUACAGCUUGGGCGCCAGUGACCAGCCAGGUCCCGAUGAUAAGAAAUCAGAACUGUUGCCAGCUGGAUGGAGUACCAAUAAAGACCUGUAUGUCCUCCGGUAUGAGUCCAAAGAUGGGUCCAGAAAGCUCCUUGUGAAGGCUAUCACCAUGGAGAGUAGCAUGAUCAUCAAUGUGCUGGAAUAUGGUUCACAGCAAGUGGCAGACUUGACCUUAAACGUGGAUGAUUAUAUUGAUGCAGAACACCUGGGUGACUUCCACAGGACCUACAAGAAUAGUGAGGAGCUGCGGUCUCGUAUUGCUUCUGGAAUCAUCACACCUAUCCAUGAGCAGUGGGAGAAGGCUAGCAGUAUAAGCAGUCCCCACCGAGAGUUCCCCCCAGCCACCGCCAGAGAGGUGGACCUGCUCCGGAUUCCCCCACCGCACCCACACACGAGCCGCCAGCCGCCCUGGUGUGAUCCCCUGGGCCCGUUUGCUGCUGGGGGAGAAGACCUAGACCCCUUUGGGUAUCCGAGAGGUGGCAUGAUUGUGGAUCCCCUGAGAUCCGGCUUCCCAAGAGCACUUAUUGACCCAUCUUCAGGCCUUCCAAACCGGCUUCCACCAGGCGCUGUGCCCCCAGGAGCUCGCUUUGACCCCUUCGGACCCAUUGGGACCAGCCCAUCUGGACCUAACCCAGACCAUCUCCCCCCACCGGGCUACGAUGACAUGUACCUGUGAAGGCCUCGAGAAUGUAACAUCCCAGCCCUCCCUCCACUCUCCUGGAGCUGCCGCUGCUGGCCUCAUCAGCAACUGUAUUCUUGCGGGCUGGGGGCAAGGGACUCUCCCCAUGUGCUUGCAGGCUGGCUGGGAUGACCUCCCCACCCCCAGUCAGAGCCAAGGCACCUACUACAGCUCUCCACCUGGCUGCAUGUAGGUCCGGAAGAGAAUCAGUGUGUGUCUCUCACCAGCUCCUCCCCACUUCCCAGGGGAGACUCCGGCAACAUAUUCCCUCAACCUGAUGCAGUCCCAGCUGCAGCGCUAUAAGAACAGAAUGCGUUUUGGAUGUUAUUAUUAAGAACCAAAUGUCAAUACAGAAUUCGUGUUGCCGGUUUCCCAGUCUUCUCCUAAACUUAAUGCACAGCCAGACUUCGGAGUUUUUGUUUCUGUAGAGCUCAGUGACUUAUCUCCUGCCCAGGGCCCAUUCUUGCUUCCUUUCAUAAAUUGCUGUUGCUCCUGCCAUCACUAAGGUAGCUCCUUGACUGGCUGCAUGGAUGCAGAUGAGUGACUGGAAAUCCCAUAGGCCACAAGGACUUUCACAAAGGCAGACACAUUGUAGAAAGACUGCAUCACUCUAACAGAGGCAAAAUCUCCCAGUUGUUCCUACUCUGGGCCAGUUCUCUGGGAUUGUCUGUGCCUGGGCAGCAGUAGCCUAUAAGCAGAGGAAUAAACAGAUCUGAAGGCUAAUCUCAUUGGUGCCACAGGCUUACUGAAUGACAUCAAGCAAGUCCCUUCUCUGCUUAGGGCCUGUGCCUGCUAAUGAAAUCAAAAGUGCCUUUCCUGUUCGAAAAUAUUCUGGUGCCCUUUCUGUGUGGCAACCCCUUGAACAUGGGGCAAAAGAAAAAGAGUGUAGGUUUCAGGCAUCAUGUGGUGCUUACCUGUAGUCUGUAACAGGGUUCAUUUGUCUCUGGGGACCCACACAGGAACAUGGGCUCUAUCUGAGUGUGGUGCUCUGUGGCCAGACUCUCCAGAUCUCUGGUGUUCUCCAGAUCCUCUCCAGCCCAAGGCCUGACACGUGGGCAGUGAUGAGCCCCAUGCUGGAGUGGAAAGAGCACCAUAGAGCACCAGGCUAAAAGGCAUGAGAUCAAGGUGUCAGACACUUUGACUCCUCAGUUAGCGUUUCAGCAUGUGUGCGUCCUCCUACUUCUCAGCUCCUUGGAUUCCUUCCCCUGUAUUAGGACAUGUUAUUACCUGCAGGCAGCAGGCUCUGAGGCUUUUCUGAAGCAUCUGCUAGGCUGUUUUCUAUAGCCAGGGAUUGCCUGUCUGCUCAGCCUGAGAACGAGUAGGUAUAAACCAAAGUGACGCACCCAGGGUUAGUCCCAGAUGGAGACGGGACCUGGAUGGGGUGGCUAGCAUGAGCGGCUCCCUGGGUAUUUCUGGCAGUCCCCAUGGUAAGCAGUUAUUUAGUAAAAGACACCAGAAAUGGCAACUGACCACCUUGAAGCCUGUAGAGCAUCUCUGCUCUAGGGAAAGAUUUAGGUCAGGCAGAGGUGCAAAUGCAACCUAAUUGUAGCCUUCUGCCUUGAGAGCUGGCAAAUGGGUGGAAUGUUAAUUUUUAUUUUGAAAUUGGACCAUACCUGCAACCACAAGGACUUGGAACAACUUGCUCAUAGAAACAUCCUUUAUUAUGAAAGGAAGCAUUUAAAGGAACAUCAGACUAGGGACCAUCAGACAGAAGCAGGGAAGGUAGAUAACUUUUAGGACCCUGAUUUGAAGAAAAGAUGAAAUUAAAACAAUAAAUUUGCCACUUAGAUUUCUAAUAGCAAAAGUCAAAAAGAUAGGCAUAUCCAUAAUUCUGUCUUCUGAAAACAGAAAAUUGUGAUUCAUCUGCAGAAUCGGCCAUUUGUGUAUGAGUCUCCUUGCAUCAAGGAUACUAAGAAACACAGACAGUGUCUUAGAUGUUAUGGGGAGAAGCGAAUGGAGCCUUGAAGGACUUUCCAGUCAAGCUCUUGGUGCUUAUGUUGGUCUGGGCCACUUCCCUCCUUCCAGUCAUGAAUAAUCAAGUAGUGAAUGGGAAUAUUUUGGGUGUGUGUUUUGUAGAGCCCAGAAGGUUGAAACCUUAACAAUAAACAUCAGCAUUCAAUGA